AUGGAAGCAUUGGUUUAUACAUUUUUAUUGGUAGGUACUUUAGGAAUAAUCUUUUUUGCUAUUUUUUUUCGUGAACCACCUAAACUUCAAACUAAAGAAAAAAAAUAA